UGUAAAAUCCCUACCCAAUUUUCGCUCCGUCCUCUGCAUCUUUGCUCCUCCCCGGCUCCCAUGAGUCAAUGCCUUCUGCACUUCUGCGAUUUCUGCCUUUCCGGUCAACGCCCCGGCGCCGGCGAGAGCUGAACUUCGCCUCCAGUCUCCACUGCGAGCAGCAGUUGACGACGUUGCUAUACGUUCCUUCCCAUAUCUAGAAGCUCUCUUAUUUGCUGAGAAAAUGUUCAGACUCAACAGUACAAUCCCCACCAGCGCCCCCGUUAAGCCCUUUUCUUUGUCCCGCCACCUCUCCGCCUCUCUUACACUUCCAGUGUUGUCGUCGGCCCAGCCAAUAGACGCUGUUACACUCUCCAACCACAUCCUCAAGGAAGACCCAAAGACCUUAGCUUCAACCCUCCACAACUUCACCCAAUGGACCCCAGAGCUCGUCCAAGCCGUCCUCAAGCGCCUCUGGAACCACGGCCCUAUGGCACUCCAAUUCUUCAACCACCUCGAUCGCCACCCAUCUUACGCUCACUCUGCCGCUGCAUUCGACCACGCCAUAGAUAUCGCCGCCCGGAUGCGCGACUACAAGACUCUUUGGAAGCUUGUGGCUCGGAUGCAGGCCCGACGGCUCGGCCCUCGCCCCAAGACAUUCUCUAUCAUCAUCGAAAGGUACAUUUCUGCUGGCAAAGCCGAUAAGGCAUUGAAGGUUUUCUUGGCUAUGCAUAAACACGGUUGCCCCCAGGAUUUGAAUUGUUUCAAUACGUUUCUUGAUGUACUCUGCAAAUUGAGGCGUACAGAGAUGGCCUAUAGGCUGUUGAAGAUGCUUAGGGGUAAAUUCAGAGCUGAUACUAUUACCUAUAACAUAAUUGUGAAUGGGUUUUGUUUGAUUAAACAAACACCUAAAGCUCAAAACAUUUUGAAGGAAAUGGUAGAGAGAGGAUUGAAUCCAACCAUAACCACAUAUAAUAUAAUGCUUAAAGGCUUUCUUCGAGCAGGUCAGAUUAAGGAAGCUUGGGAAUUUUUCUUGCAAAUGAAGAAGCGGAAGUGUGAUAUUGACAUAGUGACAUAUACAACUAUGGUUCAUGGUUUUGGAGUUGUUGGUGAGGUUGAUAAAGCUCGGAAGAUAUUUAAUGAGAUGGUUGGAGCUGGCGUGCUUCCUUCAGUUGCAACUUACAAUGCUUUGAUUCAAGUGUUGUGUAAGAAGGAUACUGUGGAAAAUGCUAUUUUGGUGUUUGAGGAGAUGGUGAGGAAAGGUUAUGUGCCUAAUACCGUGACCUAUAAUGCGGUUAUUAGGGGAUUGUGUCAUAGAGGGAGGAUGAAUGAGGCUGUGAAGUAUUUAGAUAAAAUGAAGGACGAUAAAUGCGAGCCAAAUGUUCAGACUUACAAUGUUAUUGUCCGCUACUAUUGUGAUGAAGGAGAAAUCGAGAAGGCUCUAGAGGUAUUUGACAGAAUGAACUGUGGGGAUUGCUUACCCAAUCUGGACACGUACAAUAUCUUGAUCAGCUCAAUGUUUGUUAGAAAGAAAUCAGAUGAUUUGCAGGUGGCUGGCAGGUUGCUAGUGGAAAUGGUGGGUAGAGGAUUUCUGCCUAGAAGAUUCACCUUCAAUCGGGUUUUAAAUGGGCUUUUGCUCACUGGCAACCAAGAUUUUGCAAGAGAGAUCUUGAGGCUGCUAAGCGAAUCUGGCCGUCUUCCUCACCAUUUCAAAUUGUGAAUCUAUUGCAGUUUCCUGCAAGAUUAUGAGCAAUCCUUGUUGCAUAUGGAAAGUUAUAAGACUGUUGAUGUCUUUGUUGCUGAAACAAGGAACCUGAGAUGACAAAUGACCUAUAAAAAGGCAUUGUAAGUCUAGCAGUACAAGGAUGCCCUAAGUCUUGAAUGGUAAAAUUCUGAAAUGCUACAAUAUGAAACCCUCACCCCUACCAUAAAUUCCAAUAGAGGGUGUUUGGAACUAAGCUCACAAAUACAACUUCAAUGAGAUGCGAAGCCAACAGUUCCUAUGGUGAAUCAAUGAAGACAAGACUACCAGUGCAAGUUGAUUUGAGAGUUUUGAAAAUGAGGUUGACAGACCAAAACAGGAUCUGAGUCCAAGAACACAAAGAGUUGCCAAUUUCCCCCCUUUGCUCUUGUAACCAAGGCCAAUGUUUAAGCUUCUGACAGCUGUGAUAGAAUAGAGAUGAUUUCUCUCUGCAAGAACCUACCAUCAAUUUAUCCGUCUCAGUAUCACAACCAAAGUUUGAGUUGUGCAGUUGCUUAAUCUAAUCGUUGAUGAAAACCAUGGCGGUGGUGAACCUCCGCUCUUUGCUGCUAUUCUUUGCAUUUCUUUGCUUCUUCUUGAUCCUCUACGGCGAAUGGCAAGAUACACACAUGGAAGUUCAAUACACCGACAUUGACUACCUUGUAUUCUCCGACGCCGCUGCCUUGAUGGCCAAAGGGGAUUCCCCCUACUAAAGAUCCACCUAUCACUACUCACCCUUAAUCGCUUUCCUCGCAUCCCCAAUUCCUUCCUUCACCCUUGGGGAAAAUUCCUCUUUUCUGCUUCAGAUCUGCUGGUGGGGUUUCUCAUACACAAAAUCUUGAAGCUAAGAGGGGUGCCGGAGGAAUUGAGUACCUAUUCUGUUAUGGUCUAGCUUUUCAAUCCAUUUACCUUUACCAUUGGAACUUGUGGAAACUGUGAGCCCAUUGUUUGCGCUAUGGCUCUUUGGAUCAUUGUUGGUCUCAUGAAUGGCAAAAUUCUCUCCACCUCAGGUCCCCACACCCGACCCGACAGGACAUUGGAUGGCUAAAUCAUGGUGACUUAGUAGCCCAUUAGUUGAGAGGACCAGUGCUUGGCUCCCAUAAGGAGCCCACAACAAUGGGUGUACCCCUACACUGCGGUCGUCAAGCUCGAUCCUUUGUCCUUGUCCACAAUCUACCACCUAGGAACCAACUGAGCUACCCCGUGCAAGUUGCAUUUGCAAUUUCUUAGCUCAUUGAGCAGAUUGUCUUAUACAAGCUGCACUUUGGUAUGGAUUUGUUGUCCACUUGAGAAUCUAUCCUAUAGUGUAUGCACUCCCAAUUAUUUUGUUUCUUGAUCCUCUAAACUUCCAGCCUAGUAAGAAACCCACACUUACAGAUUGGAGUGCUCGAAAGCCCCAGGUAGCAAAGAGUUCAAGUCGUAGAAAACUUCCUGAUCUGCAUUCUCUUUGGUCUUUCUUCACGAGCAUGUUUACUUCUUGGAGGAGACAUGCGUUUGGUUUUAUUUCUGGUUCUGUGUUCUUUAUCUCAACUGGAUUUUUCUUCUACCUAUAUGGAUGGGAAUUCUUGAAUAAAGCAUUGUUAUAUCAUCUCACUCGUACAGACCCGAGGCACAAUUUUUCGAUAUACUUCUACCACAUAUAUCUGAAUUAUGAACGCUAUUUCUCAAUCUUGGAGAAACUCA